AUGGGAGUCUCCACAGCCCCGCCGCCCUCCCGCAGUAUGAAAACCCUGAAGAAGCGGCGGCUAGAACUUCUCUUCCUCCUCUUCACGUCGCUCUGGUAUUUCUCUGUUCUCUGCUUGGUGUGGUUCUUCCUGGACCGGGACACACCUGCCCAAGGAGGAAGGCGUUCUGAGUGGAUGAGGAACUGGACUGUUUGGAAGCACCUAAGGGAUUAUUUUCCCAUAAAACUGGUGAAAACGGUAGAGCUGCCCCCUGACCGGAACUACCUGCUGGUCGCUCACCCACAUGGGAUCAUGGCCAUGGGAAUCCUCUGUAACUUCUCCACUGAGAGCUCCAGCUUCUCCCAGCAGUUCCCCAGGCUUCUGCCCUUGACGGCCAUGCUGAAUGGCCUCCUCUAUUUCCCAGUCUACCGAGGCUACCUUCUAGCCUUUGGAGGAUGUUCCGUGAACAGCCAGAGCCUGGAUUUUAUUCUGUCGCAGCUUCACGUCGGGCAGGCUGUGGUCGUCCUGGAGGGGGCCCACGAGUCCCUGUAUGCCAUCCCAGGGGAGCACUGCCCUGUCCAGAAUCGGAAAGGCUUUGUCCACCUGGCACUGAGGCACGGCACUUCUCUGGUGCCCGUGUACUCCUUUGGGGAGAAUGAUAUCUUCAGAGUUAAGGCUUUUGCCCCAGACUUGUGGCAGCAUCUGUGCUAGAAGAUGCUGGGCUUCAAGAAGCUCCUGGGCUUUUCUCCUUGCGUCUUCUGGGGCUGUGGUCUCUUCUCAGCCAACUCCUGGGGCCUGGUGCCCUUCUCCAGGCCCAUGACCACUGUGGUGGGCUGCCCCAUCCCGGUGCCCCAGUGUCUCGGGCCCACCGAGGAACAGGUUGACCACUCUCACAUGCUCUACGUGAAGGCUCUGGAGCAGCUGUUUGAUGAGCACAAGGAAAGCUGCGGUGUCCCAGCUUCCACUCGCCCCACCUUCAUCUGGCCCCGGCCUUACCCCUCCCCCCACACUCACCAGCCCCACCAGCCCCCGAUCCCAGUGUACAUUGAAGUCUUUCUCUCUGCGUGCGGCCCCGCGGGGGCCUUGCUGCCUGAUGGCAGUCCCGCCCCCCACUGGGACAAGGGGCGGAUUCUCGUCUGCAAGGCUAGAGGCCACCCAGCAGCGCCCACCUCGCCGCCCAGGGGCCACUCCGCUUUCCCAGGCGCCCCGCCACCCCACCGCCUGCCCCCAGCGCCCGCCAGCCCCCGGUGGCAACCUAGUCCGCUCCAGAUCCGCGCCACGUUUCCUCUGCAUCACUGGGGUUUCCUCCCCUCGGCCGAGCCCGAGCAGAGCAGCGACCGCGCGUACCGCCCGAAUCCCGAAGCUCUGGGCGCCCGAGCCCGCGUGCAGGACUGA